GCUUAUAUUUUUUUUUUCCAGAAAAAAAAAAUCAUAUAAUUUUGCUUUGAUUUUUAGAUUUUAAUUAGCCCCAAUGUCGUACUGUCCCGAUGUUGAAAAAAUUAAUUUUUCCUCUGAAAAAAAGAAAUCCACUUUUUAUAUCUGUAAAAAUACUCGCAGAAAAAAAUUUGCGGAACAUCAAUUCAAGAAAUAUGUCAUCUAAACUUGAAUGGGAUGUUAAAGGCAUCCUUUUGGAUAUAACUGGUGUCCUCUAUGAAAGUGGAAAUGGAGCAAUCAAAGGAUCAGUUGAAGCCAUUGAGAAAUUGCGCCAUUCAAAAAUACCUUUUCGAUUUGUUACAAAUGAGACUCAAAGGACAAGACCUGAUCUAGUUACUAAAUUAAAAUCAAUUGGGUUUUCUCUCUCAGAAUAUGAAAUUUUUUCUCCUGGUGUUGCUACAAGUGCCUACUUAAAACAGAAGAAUCUUCGACCCUUUUUAUUAGUGCAUCCUGAACUGUUACCAGAAUUCUCUGAUUGUGAUCAGACCUCACCAAAUUGUGUUGUCAUAGGUGAUGCAGCUGAGAAUUUUUCAUAUGAAAAUAUGAAUAAAGCUUUUCAAUUACUUCUAAAGUCAGAAAACCCAAUUUUAAUCUCCAUGGGAAAAGGAAAAUAUUACAAAGAAAAAGGGGAAAUUGUGAUGGACUUAGGAGGAUUUACAGCUGCUUUGGAAUUUGCUGUGGGUAUUGAAGCCAAAGUGAUUGGGAAACCUUCUCCUGAUUAUUUCUUGAGUGCUUUGACAGAUAUCGGUACAAACCCAUCUGAAGCUGUUAUGGUUGGAGAUGAUAUCAACAGUGAUGUUCAUGCAGCUCAAAAGUGUGGCAUGAAAGGUGUUCUUGUUAAAACUGGAAAAUUUAGGGAAAGUGAUUUAUCUCAUCCUAUUGUGAAACCAGAUGCAGUGGUCGAUAAUCUUUCACAUUUUGUUGACUCUUUAUUGUUAUAAAGAUUUAUUUUAAUUCAAGACUGAUUGCUAAUUAUUGAUCAAUUGAUUCAUAUAGUUUAUCAAAUUAUAAGUAGUUACUGUAAAAUAGAUAAAUAUUUUAUGUAAUUUCUUUUCUUUUAUGAAUGGAUUCUUUUAAUAUAAU